GUCUGUGGCUGAAGCGGCUCCGGUAAUGGGUGGGGUUUUGACAGCAGGCAGCGCGAGUGUGAAGCGGUUGUGUAGGACGGGAUAUUUCUCUGAACUGAGAAGUGCUGUGUAUUUGUACUGGACCUGCAUUUGCACAGUACCGCUGAUAUGGAGCCCAGACAACAGGGUUUAUUGGACAAAGAGCCUCUAAAGGAAGUGGAUGAGGACAUGGUGUCAGAGGUGGAUCUAAACAACACUGUCACAGAAGAGGAGCGAGAGGAAAUGGAGAAUGAACUGACUAAGUUAGAAGAAGAAAUCAAUACUUUGAAACAAGUCCUGGCCUCCAAAGAAAAGCGUCACUUGGAGUUGAAACAGAAACUAGGGAUCACACCCUUGAGUGAACUACGACAGAACUUCAGCAAGAGUUGGUACGACAUGCAGACCAGCACUGCAUACAAAAAGACAUCUGAGACCCUGACCACGGCAGGACAGCGGACCUCAGCUGCCUUCAGUAACCUGGGCACUGCCAUCACCAGGAAGUUUGGGGAUAUGAGCUAUUCUAUACGCCAUUCAAUGAGCAUGCCUGCAAUGAGGAACUCACCUAGUUUCAAGUCCUUUGAGGAGAAAGUUGAAAGCACAGUUUCAAACAUUAAGUCAAAGGUUGGAGGAACGGGAGGUGCAGGCAGUUUUGAAGAGGUCCUGUCAUCAGCAGCCCACGCCAGUGCCCAGGACACCCCUACUAACAACGUAAACGAGAGCAGCGAGCGCUCAUGCUGAAGGUGUUAAUGGUCUACAGGUGGAACUCUGAUGCCCCCUAGUGGUCUGGAGACCACAGUGAGAAUUGCACGGGGGGCCAAGACACAUGCCUUUCAGAUGUGUACUGGUGGAUUAUCGGUCCAAAAUAUUUUGUACGGACGGAAAACAACAAAGUGGAGCAUGUUUAUUCUUUAACUUUUCUUCAAAAUAUGUAUAUAUUUCGAGGAGACUGCCUUUGGUGUAGUCCUGCGUUACUUUAUUGUUAUUUAUACUAACUCAACUUUGUGUUAACAGUAACAAAGCAUGAUACAUUUCCAGGACCAAAUGUAAUGGCUGCAUAUCCAAUCCUAAGAGAAUUACUUGAAAGAAUGUUUAACAAAAUGGAUGUUACUUGCUUUUUUCCUGUCAUAAAUCUGUUAAUGCUCCUAUUCCUGCUGUAUAUCCCACAACUAGAGCACAUGUUUGCUGAUAACAAAUGUAAACAGCUAAUUAUAGAACAUGGAUUUACUGAUUUUACUGCAGUUUAUUAGUCUGUCUAACAUGCCUGUUGUAAAUUAAGUAUUGGUAACAAUAAUUGUCACUGACCAAAAAUGUAUAGCAUUAUGUCCUGUUUUUUUUUUUCUUCAUACAUUUUGUGUAAAAUUUGUUGCAGCUUUACAUAUUUAAAAUUGACUUUUAAGUCAAUUGUUGUUUUAAGGAAAAGGAUUUCAUAACUGAAAUCUUUCUUUAAAUGCGCACUCAGUGUUGAGUUGCAUUCAUUAAUAACGUUAGUCAUUAAACGUUUUUUGCAAAGUUACAAA